GGGGGUCGGACCUGAUACGGGAACCAAGCUCGGUGAGGCCCGUUUCUUUUGGGUCAGCUGACGCGUCACGGAGGCUCUGAUUGGUUGACGACGUCUUCAGCCUGUUUCUGAGCAAAGACUCGAUCGAUGGCUGCGUCAGAACUGAUCCAAGACGACGAUGUUCCGAUCCACGUCGAAGCUAACGUGACCUCGACGGACGCACAGACUCAUCCCCAGAGGGUGGCCAACGGCAGCCCACCCCGCCACGCCUCGGCGCCGCCGCCCGCGGACGCUCAGGACGAUAGAAGCCGAAGCGAGCGGCACCGGCUGAGCAGCCUGCUGAAACAGAAGCAGCUGAUCACGUCGCUGAGCGAGCAGCUGAAGCGGCGCUGCGACUACAUCAAGAUCAGCGUGGAGGAGGAGCACGCCAGCCUCCUGCCCAACGAGUGGUGGAAGACGGGCGUGGCCUUCCUCUACGCCUUCUUCAACCUCGUCUUCACCACCGUCAUCAUCACCGUGGUCCACGAGAGGGUGCCGGACAAGUCCCUGAACCCGCCGCUGCCAGACAAGUUCUUCGACUACGUGGACCGAGUCCCCUGGGCCUUCACGGUCACCGAGGCCAACGGGCUGAUCCUGGUCGGACUCUGGCUCAUCCAGUGGCUCCUCCUCAAACACAAGUCCAUCGUGGGCCGGCGCUGCUUCUUCCUGAUCGGGACGCUCUACAUGUACCGCUGCGUCACCAUGUACAUCACGACGCUGCCGGUGCCGGGGAAACACAUGGUCUGCGCCCCAAAGCUUUACAGCGACUCCACGGGGAAGAUCUGGAGGAUUCUGCGGCUCAUCUCAGGAGGAGGUCUGUCCAUGACGGGCUCUCACCUGAUGUGUGGAGACUUCCUGUACAGCGGACACACGGUCAUGUUGACGCUCUCCUACCUCUUCAUCAAAGAGUACUCGCCUCCGUGGAUGUGGUGGUACCACUGGUUCUGCUGGAUCCUCAGCGCCUCCGGAGUCGUCUGCAUCCUCGUGGCUCAUGAGCACUACAGCAUCGACGUGGUGGUCGCCUACUUCGUCACCACCAGGAUGUUCUGGUGGUACCACACCAUGGCCAACUCCCACGAGCUGCGUCAGGCUCCCAACAACUUCCUGUCCAGGACCUGGUGGAACCUGAUCUUCAACUUCCUGGAGAGGAACGUCCAGACGACGGUUCCGAUCGUGUUCUUGUCGCCGCUGGCUCUGCUCUCGUCCUGCAGACAGAAGUACAAGAUGGUGGAGGGGGGCAGGGACUAG